AUGAGUUCACAGCUACUUCCCGUCGCAUCACUCUCUACGACACCACGAUCUUCCUUAUCACCGUCAUCUUCUCGCAUCCAACACACACUCGCUCAAAGAACCCACAUUCCAGCUCAUGUUUACAAACAUCCAGCAGCAAUUCUCCUGGAACUCUGCACUUCCAUGGAAGAACUUCACCAAAUCAUCCCUCUUAUUAUUAAAAAUGGUCUCUAUGAAGAACAUCUUUUUCAAACGAAACUGGUCAGCUUGUUCUGCAAAUACGGCAGCUUAACCGAAGCCACCCGUGUUUUCGAACCAAUCGAAAAUAAAAACGAUGCUCUUUAUCACACAAUGCUUAAAGGGUAUGCUCAGAAUUCUUCCAUUUUUGACGGGCUUUCGUUCUAUUGUCGUAUGAUAGAAGACGGCGUGCAGCCGGUGGUGUACAAUUUUACGUAUUUGUUAAAGGGUUGUGGCGAAAACUGUCUCGUUAAGAACGGGAAACAGGUUCAUGCGCAAUUGAUUUUGAACGGACACGAAGGCGAUGUUUAUGCCAUGACCUGUGUCGUCAACAUGUAUGCAAAGUGUAGGUUGAUUGAUGAUGCCCACAAGGCGUUUGUUAGAUUGCCUGAGAGAGACUUGGUGUCUUGGAACACCAUUAUUGCUGGAUACGCUCAAAACGGUUUUGCAGGGAGAGCAAUUGAAUUGGUCUCACAGAUGCAAGUUGAACAACUGAAGCCAGACCCCAUCACCAUAAUCUCAGUACUCCCUGCUGUUGCAUUACUUGAUAUGUAUCUGAAAUGCGGAUCUUUAAGUACUGCACGCGUUAUAUUCGACAAGAUGAGUGUUAGAAACGUGGUCUCAUGGAAUAUAAUGAUCGAUGGCUAUGCAGAAAGUGGUGAUUCCAUGGAGUCACUGAUUCUUUUCCAGAAGAUGUUGGACGAUGGAAUCAAACCAACCGGCGUCACCAUCAUGGCAGCUCUCCAUGCUUGUGCUGAUUCCGGCGAUCUUUCCCGUGGCCAAUUCCUUCAUCGGUUAGCCAAUGAACUCGGCUUACAAAACGACAUUCCCCUCACAAACUCAUUAAUCUCCAUGUAUUCCAAGUGUAAACAAAUCGAAAUUGCAGGUAAACUAUUCAAAAACAUGAAAGAAAAAACCAGAGUUUCAUGGAACACAAUGAUACUCGGGUACGCCCAAAAUGGUCGUGUAAUCGAAGCUUUAAAUCAUUUUCGUGACAUGAAACUUGAAAACAUAGAGCCUGAUUCUUUCACCAUGGUGAGCAUCAUUUCAGCCAUUUCAGAAUCAUCAAUCUUACUACAAGCAAAGUGGAUCCAUGGAGUUGUGAUAAGAUCUUUUCUUGUCAGAAAUGUUUUUGUCAAGACUUCUCUUGUUGACAUGUAUGCUAAAUGUGGAGCCAUUAGUAUUGCUAGAAAGCUAUUUGAUUUGAUGGACGAAAAGCAUAUAACUACAUGGAAUGCUAUGAUCGAUGGCCAUUCAAGGUUUAUCAAAGAAGGGGUUCGAUAUUUUUCCAUUAUGAAAGAAAAAUACGCGGUUGACCCUACAAUGGAUCACUAUGGAGCCAUGGUGGAUUUGUUGGGCAGAUCGGGCAGGCUUCAGGAAGCAUGGGAUUUCAUUCUAAAGAUGCCCGUUGAGCCCGGGGUUAAUAUUUUUGGUGCAAUGUUGGGAGCUUGCAGGAUUCAUAAAAAUGUAAAAUUUGGGGAAAUGGCAGCAGAAAGAUUGUUUAAAUUAAACCCAACUGAUGGUGGGUAUUACGUGCUUCUUGCAAAUUUAUAUGCAUCUGUUUCAAUGUGGGACAAAGUGAAUGAAAUCAGGACAAAAAUGGAAAGAAAAGGGAUUGUUAAAACGCCUGGAUUUAGCUCUGUUGAUUUGGGGAAUGAGGUUCAUAGUUUCUAUUCUGGGAGUUCAUGGCAUUCUGAUAGUAAAAAGAUAUAUGAUUUUCUUGAAACAUUGAUUGAGAAGAUUAAGGGUGCUGGAUAUGUGGCUGAUAUGGAUUUGAUGCGUGAUGUAGAAGAUGAUGUUGAAGAACAUAUGGUGAGUGUUCAUAGUGAGAAGCUUGCUAUUGCUUAUGGGCUUUUGAAUACACGCCCAGGUAAGACUAUUCAUAUAAGAAAAAACCUUCGUGUUUGUGGUGAUUGUCAUAAUGCCACCAAAUUUAUAUCACUUGUGGAGAAAAGAGAGAUUAUAGUUCGGGAUUUGCAUCGGUUUCAUCAUUUCAAGGAUGGGAUUUGUUCUUGUGGGGAUUAUUGGUAG